CACACCCCAGCCCCAAUAGAACUAUUUUGAAGUUAAAUUUUCUAGGCCAGUCUUGAUUUUUCUGUCCAGCGUUUUACUCUGCACCAUUGUCUUUUUUAGAAGGAAAGAGAAAGGUGACUCUGCAACUUGAUGGAUGACGACAACUCUUUUCAACAAAAAAAUAAUUCAAAAAUGGCAGAACUCUUCAUGGAAUGUGAAGAAGAAGAGCUGGAACCAUGGCAGAAGAAAGUAGAAGAAGCUCGGAAUGAAGAUGAUGAUGAUGAGCUGAUCUUUGUUGGAGAGAUAUCAAGUUCAAAACCAGCCAUUUCAAAUAUUUUGAACAGAGGUAAUUCCAGCUCAUCUUCAAAGGGAAUGAAAAAUGACUCACUCAGUUCAGGUAUUCCUGGUUUAUUCAAGUCUACAAGUCAACACUACAAAGACCCAGCAUCAAAUCCAGUGACUGCCUUGCCUAGAUUUCAUCCUGAAUCUAAAUCUUCACAGAGCUCUGCUAUUGUUCAGAAUACAUCUAAACCUGAUUUUUCAAAGAAUUCAUCACAAGUUGAAUCAGAUGAUUCUUCAGUCUUAUUGUUUGGCUCGACCCAGGAUACAACACCACUGUCCCCAGACAUGGAUCAAUCUUCCUUUGGAUUAAAACGUCCUUCUACUUCUAAAGUAAACAGUGUUAAUCCAAAAAAGCCAAAAGCCAGCAAAAGUGUUUCUGAAAUAAAUCCCUCAUCUUCAUUGUCUUUAAAUAACUCCCCUUCAGAGGCAUCUUCCCAGGUUAUGGUAUCAACAACAACAGGUUCAAAUACCUCAACUCAAAAUAAAACUGGAGUACCUUUCCUAAGAUCUUGUCCAAAGUGCAAUAUUCAAUUCAAUCUUUUGGAUCCUUUGAAAUACCACAUGAAGCGUUGUUGCCCGGACAUGAUAAAUAACUUAAUGGAAAGUGUUAAAACAGAACUUUCAUGUGCCGAAGACAAAACUAAUACUGGUUCAGAGAAAGGAAAAUUGAUUAUGUUAGUUAGUGACUUUUAUUAUGGAAGACAUGAAGGAGCCAUGGAGGAAGAACCGAAGACUUACACAACCUUUAAAUGCUUCAGUUGCUUGAAAGUUCUUAAAAAUAAUAUUAGGUUCAUGAACCAUAUGAAGCACCACUUGGAACUCGAGAAGCAGAAUAGUGAGAGCUGGGAAAACCACACCACCUGCCAGCACUGCUACAGACAGUAUCCCACGCCCUUCCAGUUGCAGUGCCACAUUGAGAGUACUCACACUCCCCAUGAGUUUUCUACCAUUUGCAAAAUCUGUGAAUUGUCAUUUGAAACAGAGCAUAUUCUUUUACAACAUAUGAAGGAUACUCAUAAACCUGGUGAAAUGCCAUAUAUUUGCCAGGUUUGCCAGUUUAGAUCUUCAACAUUUUCUGAUGUAGAAACUCAUUUUAGAGCAUCCCAUGAAAACACGAAGAACUUGCUGUGUCCAUUCUGCCUCAAAGUUAGUAGAAUGGCAACCCCCUAUAUGAAUCAUUACAUGAAACAUCAGAAAAAAGGAAUUCAUCGUUGUACAAAAUGCAGGCUACAAUUUUUGACCUGCAAGGAGAAAACAGAUCAUAAGACCCAGCAUCGUACAUUUAUAAAGCCUAAAGAACUGGAAGGAUUGCCUCCUGGAACAAAAGUUACUAUUCGAGCUUCAUUUGGACCUCUUCAGCCAAGACCAUCAAGUACACCAUCCAAUUGUGCUCCAAGUACUUCUUCUCUUCAGGUCUUACCUCCAAAGUCUAAAAGCACAACUGCUAAAAAUCUCACAAAAUCUAAUGCAAGUAAAUCUAAGACAAGUAAGCCUAAUGCAGCUGCCUCUGCUGCAAGUAAACCCAACACAAGUAAACAGAGUGGAGUUACAACUAAAAGCAAAGCCAAACACUCUUACAAGCAGAAGAGACAACGCAACAGAAAAAAUAAAAUCAGCAUAGCUUUGAAAAACUUAAGGUGUCGUCGGGGAAUUCACAAGUGCAUUGAAUGUCAUUCCAAAAUAAAGGACUUUGCAAGCCACUUUUCUAUAUAUAUCCACUGUAAUUUUUGCAAAUACAACACUAACUGUAACAAAGCCUUUAUAAAUCAUAUGAUGAGUUCUCAUAGCAACCACCCAAGUAAACGGUUUUAUAUUUUCAAGAAGCAUUCAGGAAUUCUCAGGGGCAUUACUCUUGUGUGCCUUAAGUGUGAUUUCCUAACUGAUUCUUCUGGCUUAGACCGUAUGGCUAAACACUUAAGUCAACGUAAAACUCAUACUUGCCAAGUUGUAAUAGAGAAUGUUUCCGAAAGUACCUCAACUUCUGAACCCACUUCUGACGGCUUGUUGAAAUAGAUUCCUGCUCUAUGGAGCUCGUGCAACCUGGUGCAAGACAAGUUGGGAUUUCCUAAGUUCAAAGUUCUGAAGUGUUUUCUUACACAAAGGCAGUUUCCUAAGUUCAAAGUUCUGAAGUGUUUUCUCACAUGAAGGUGGUUAAACAAAGUUCAUGACAUUCAGCUCUUUUCAGCUUUCAGAUGGCACUAGAUUCUUAUUCCACCUUAUCUUUGUGUCAGGUUAACAUGUCUUAACGUGUUUUUUUUCCUCUAGUUGACUUUCUCCAAAAAUAACUUUUGUUGCUAUGAUCUUUUCUUGCUUUGCUUAAAAUAAUUUGUGUUUUUUUCUCCUGUACUUGCCUUCUGAAUAUUACAUUCCAAAUGACAUGGCUGUUCAUCUUUUUUGUCUGUUUUGUCUGCUUUCUUAAUUUCUUAUAAGUCUUACAUUUUUAGGUCAGAUAGAUGUUUUUUCCCUCAUUCUUUGUCUGUCAUUGUUCUAUUUUUUUUCCUAUUUUUCAGAUGCAGAAGCAACACAGAAAUUUCAAAAAAUGUCCAGUGUACUCCUGGACAGUGUCCCCCUUCGAUGGACACAACUGAUGCCUGUUCUGUCUUUCCAAGGAAUGUGAAUUAUUUGACUGUGAGACUUCUUCUAGUUUGUGGCCUUAAGGAAUCAGAUCUUGGGGAGAGUCCCUUCCUACCUGACUGGCCUCCCAUAAUGCUGAUGCUGAUUUGGCCAGAGAUGACCUCAAGGCCCACCAAAUUGAGCACAACUCCCCACUGGGGGCUUUCGUUCUUGAUCUUAAGCUUAUGGGUUGAUACUAACCAAGAAAAGCCCAUCAAUGUGCUUCAACAUCCAAGUUGAAGUCGAAUCAUUUUGGCUGCUGCCCUUUAAUCUUCCUAUAGCAUGCAUGCAGUCUAAAGAAAAUGAAAUUUCUGUUGUGUAGAGAACCAAGAUUACUUUUAUGUUUUUGGAAAAGAGAACUUUAAAUUUACAGUUCCAAAGUAACAACUAUUCACAUUGUCAUUUAAAGUUUUAUCCAGUAUUAAUCCUAGGAGUUUUCAGCAAUACUAAUAUUUAGAUUUUUUAAUUUAAAUUUUUUUCAUUAAAUUUUAGUAGCUUGAUGUUAUGUUGUUCUUCAUCAAGUUUAUUGAUGUCCGUUUUGUUAUGUCUAUUUUUGUACUCUUCUCUUUAAAGCUUUUGUUUUGUGUUUGUUUUGUUUUUGUUAAGAACUCCAAUAAUUUUCUUUAUAAUUCUCCACAGAUUUCAUGUGGCUACCUACUGGUAGCUUCUUAAUUUUGAUACUUGUUCAGCUCAUUAGACAUUAUUACAUGCUCUAUCUUGGGACUUUCAUUAACAUCUUAGGGAUUGUGAGUUCAAAGACAUAAAGAAUUGGCAAAAACUCCUCUUUCAGACCUUAAAACAAAUUUUAAAGUUACAUUUCUGAUUAUCUAAUACAUAAUAUCUUCUUAGCCAUUAAUGUAAUUCCUUUGGAUAAAGAUAAUAUAUUCAAAAAUAUUGGGACCAAAAAAUGCACUUGUUUCUUGCCCAUAUAUAUAUAUAGAUGUAUAUUUUUUUUAAUUUGGUGUUUGUUUAUUUUGGUUACAUUGAAUAUAGAUUUGCUGAACAGUUUUGAUGUUACUUAUUUUUUUAAUAAAAUUUGUAUUGUUAAAGGGC